CACUGUAAAAGAUUGGUUGUGGGCAGUUGUGAGGGUAGGAGCAAUAAGAGAUGAUCGCCUGAAAGAGGGGCAGUUGUGAGGGCGGGCCCAGUGACAGAGGGAGUGCUGGUGGGUGGAGAGGGCAGUUCAAAUGCUCACUAACUCCUGCACCCCUCUCCCCCAAGCCUGUGUGUCCAGAUGUACGACUGGUUCGACUACCACGGGCACAUGUGCAUCUCCUUCGAGCUGCUGGCGCUCAGCACCUUCGACUUCCUGAAGGAGAACAACUACCUGCCCUACUCCAUCACGCAGGUCCGCCACAUGGCCUACCAGAUCUGCCAGGCCGUCAAGUUUCUGCAUGACAACAAGCUGACGCACACAGACCUGAAACCGGAGAACAUCCUCUUUGUCAACUCCGACUUCACCAUGACGUACAACGUGGAGAAGAAGCGUGACGAGCGCACGGUGAAGAGCACAGCGGUGCGCGUGGUGGACUUCGGCAGCGCCACCUUCGACCACGAGCAUCACAGCACCAUCGUCUCCACGCGGCACUACCGCGCCCCCGAGGUCAUACUGGAGCUGGGCUGGAGCCAACCCUGCGACGUGUGGAGCAUCGGCUGCAUCCUGUUCGAGUACUACCUGGGCUUCACCUUGUUCCAGACGCACGACAACAGGGAGCACCUGGCCAUGAUGGAGAGGAUACUGGGACCAAUCCCUUCCAGGAUGAUCCGCAAAACCAGGAAGCAGAAGUAUUUCUAUCACGGCCGGCUGGACUGGGACGACAGCUCCUCCGCCGGGCGCUACGUCCGGGAGAACUGCAAGCCGCUGAGGAGGUACAUGCUGUCCGAGGCGGAGGAGCACCACCUGCUGUUCGACCUGGUGGGGAGCAUGCUGGAGUACGAGCCGAACAAGCGCCUCACGCUGGCCGAGUCCCUGCGACACCCCUUCUUCUCGCCGCUGCGGGGGGGCGCCGGCGAGGCCCCGGGGGACUGCGCGGCCGGCAAGGCCUGGGAGGGCAACCGCGACAUCAGCCGGUGACUGCAGGCCCCCGCGUGGGGCGGGCGCGCGGGCGGGGCGGGGCGGAGACGCCGCCGGGACUGAGGAGAACCACAGCCAGCCCCCUGGCGUCCCGAGGGGACAGAGAGACUCGAAACCGGAUCGACCGGGCCGGGGGCCGGUCCCUGCCAGCCAGCUGGGUGCAGCGUCGGUCCUGGCGUGGUGGGGGGGGGGAGAGGAGGGGCUCUUGAACUGACCGGGGUCUUGCGGGGGACGCUGGCCCCGAUCCCUGCCCGUCUCCCUCGCCCCGAAGGCCCUGUUCUCGCGGUUCACGGACCACCCCGGUGCAGACUGCCGGAUCCACGGGACAUGGGACACACCCCCUCAUUCCUCAGUGUCGCCCCGUGCUUCCCGAGGUGACGGCGGUAUUCGGACUUUCACGGGGGGGCUUUGACUUGACUUGGGUGGCACCAGAGCCAGCGUAGCCCCUCUCUGUGCGCUUGUGCCCGUGCCGGGGCGUGGGCAGGGCUGGGGGAGUGUGUUUUCCAGCUGUGCUGGUCACGAGGCACCGCCGGCCCGAUGGCGAGGGCGGGGAGGCUGCCCGGUUGUCUUCCUGACCGCAGGAUCGUGCUCAAAACUGACGAGCCACCAGCUUCCAGGCUGCUGCCUCUUCUCCAGUCGCAGACGAGAGACUUGAGGCUUUUUUUUGUCUUCCCCCCCCGGGAGAGGAGGGGGUAGUAUCCUGUACGUCACACUCCAGGGGUGAGGAGCCUGGCUCACGGAGAAGAGACCACCGGCUGCCAGGCUGGGGUGUCUGAGGCGGGAGGAGGUUGUUAAAGAUUUGGGGCUGUUCUCAUCUGUCAAGACGCGCAGACCGGAGCCCAGGGGGGCGACCCCACUCACACCUCUCCUGCCCGAGCUGCCCGUCAGCCCGUCAUGUCUGUGGCUGGACGUUUCUAAACAAACCGGGAGUGUUUUUUUGUUUUUUUUGUCAGCGUCUGAAGGUGGCGGAAGAGUUCUAUCGCCCUCGGGAUUCUCGGGGUUCCCCCGCGGGGCUCACCUCCAGGGUUCGGUUGAGAGCUCCGCGAGAAAGAAAACCCGGAGGCGGUGGAUGCUGGAGAAGCCGGAUCUGGGGCCACAGGAUUGUCGGGUUUCCUGGAGGGGUGAGGUCACUGGCCUGGCUCGGUUUUUGACAGCGACUCGGACCUCCUACAGUCUCGCACAGACCUGCGACCUGCCGAGGGACCCCAGCUCCCGAUUCCCCAUUCGUCAGGAGCGCCGGCGGACUGGACUUGCAGUGGUGUCCGGCCCCCCUGAUUUGACCCCCUUUCCUCCUCCUCCUCAUCGCUGCUGGUUCCUCGUCGGUGUGACUUGGUUCCUCUCUCUCUCGGGCCCGUCCCGCCGAGGAGAUGGCCGCGUUGUGCUGUAGCAUGUACAGAUUUCGGUGUUCUCUCACGUCUUUUCCUUGUACAGUAUUGAAGCCAGCGGCGCUUUACUGUCUCCCCCUGCCGAACCCCCCCAGUCUGCCUGGAGCCCCCCGGGGUCGGGCCGCUGUGCUUCUGUAAACUAGUGUGUACAUAAGGGGCCCUGUGGCGGUGCUGGGCCCGUGUUCAUAGCUGUAUAUUCUAGGCGCUGGGCAGGAAGUGGCCGUGCAGGCCUCAGUUUUCUGUUUUCAUCCCCUCGGGUGAAACCCAGGGGUUUUGUUUUUUCAUGUGAAACACUCCCUGCUCACCCGCUCUCUCCCCCCCCCGCCCACGUUGAGCCUCUCCGCUCCUGCCCCCCACCCCUGGAGACCUCCCGUCGGGUCGAGAGGGGGCGGGGGGGGUGCUGUUCCUGCUCCUUCGAGGAGGGGCGGGGCGGGCGGGCGUGGGCUGGAGAGAGAGAGCGUGUGUCGGGGCAAGAGGGCUGGGGACAAGUUGAAAAUCACCCUCCGUGUUUUUGCCAUAUGUAAUAUUCCAAAUGUCAAGUGUUUUAUAAUAAAAAGAUCUUUAUACUGAA